UAACUGUUAAGAUAAAUAAAGAGAGAAGGCAGCAGAGAGGGAGUUCACAGCGAGGCAGACGAAAAAGUGAAAGAAAGAAGUAAAGGAACUUGAGGAAGAAAAAGACAGGAAGGACCAGCCAGUUCACUUAUCUGGCAUUUGUUUGACGUUGCAAAAAGUAUUCCUCCAUGGAUGAGGGCAGUGAACGACCUAGGAAGAUAGAACUCAAUGAUGGCAACUUUAUGCCACUGCUGGGUCUGGGAACAUGGAAGUCAAAGAGCACAAGUUCAGAACAGUGUCAAGGAGCAGCUGAGACAGCAAUAGCUGCUGGCUAUCGUCAUUUGGACACUGCCCACAGCUACCAGAAUGAAGUGGAGUUGGGCAAGGCCCUCCGCUCCAAGAUACAGCAGGGCAUCAUUCGGCGCCAGGACAUGUUUGUUGUGAGUAAGCUGUGGUGCACUUAUUUUUCCCCUGAGGACAUCCCUGUGUGUCUGAAUAAAUCUCUCAGUGACCUGCAACUGGAUUACUUGGACUUGUACCUGGUGCACUUCCCUGUGGGACUACAGAAAAUUGGUGAUGAGCUCUUUCCAAUGAAGGAUGGAAAACUUCUCGCAUCAGACACUGACUAUGUGGAUGUGUGGAAGGGGAUGGAAGCUCUGAAGGCUUCUGGAAAAGUGAAGAGUAUUGGAGUGUCCAACUUCUCAAUCCCACAACUUGAGAGGCUGCUGUCUGUGGCUAAAGUCCCUCCAGCUGUCAAUCAGGUAGAGCUUCACCCUUACCUGGUUCAGUCUGAUCUGAUUGAAUACUGUAAGUCGAAGAAUAUUGCUCUCACGGCCUACAGUCCCUUUGGCUCACCAGACAGACCCAAAGAGAUGCAUAGAGGAAACAAAGACCCUGAAAGGCUGCUGGAGGACCCUGUGGUUGGGGAGAUUGCUGCAAAACACAGACGGACUCCUGCGCAGGUUUUGCUAAGAUAUCACAUCGAACAGGACAUUGUAGCGAUUCCAAAGAGUGUUAAACCCAACCAUAUUCUGGAAAACACAAAGAUCUUUGACUUCUCUCUGGAUGAGGAGGAUAUGAGAGCACUAAGGUCUCUAAAUCGUGGCUGGAAGGCCUGCAUCUUAGAACAGCUGGAAAAUCAUCCUUUCUACCCUUUUAAGUGAAAUGCAGUUAGUACUGCAUGGUUGAGAUACAGGGAGGCUGUCUCCAUUGUGAAUGAGUCUACAAUGCUGCUGUUCCAAUCAGAUGAAAGAACAUUUUAAACAACUAUUUUUUCAAUUUACAUUGUAAUAAUCUGAGGCAUGUGUAAAGUGAGGGAGAAGUGAAUAAAAUGCAUUUAAGUUAAUAAACUUUUUU